GUGUGCUUUGCGCUUUAUUGUCUCACUUUAAAAGAUUUAAAUUGAGAUCUGCAUCUGACACUCACGGACAAUGCCACACAUUGCUCUGCAAUUCAGAGGCUUUCGGUGGGACUCGUGGAAAUAUUUCCGUUGCCCUGUUCUCAGGAAUAAACGCCAGUCGGCGAGGCUACCCUCUUAUCGCUGUACGCUAUGGGUCGUUCUGGGGGCUUUGGUGUUCACUUCUGGCGUACAGUGUCAGGUCUUUAAAGUAGGAGUCUUGGGGCCGUGGAGAUGCGACCGGCUCUACUCAAAAGCCCUCCCUGCGGUGGCAGCACAGCUGGCAGUGCAGCGGGUCAAAAACGACCCAAGUUUAGACUUGGGCGACGGACUGGACUUCAUAGUCCUUCAAGAGACGUGCGAAACGUCGAAGGCCUUGGCCAAGUUCGUGCAGCUGGAGAACGCGUCCGAAGCCUUCGUGGGUCCCGCGAACCCGGGCUACUGCGCCGCCGCCUCGCUUUUUGCGCGGAACUGGGGCAAGCCCAUGUUCUCCUGGGCUUGCCUCGAUUACCAACUCGAUCGGUCCCAGGGAUACACUGCUAUCGCCCAGACUUUGCCUUCGGCCAUGCGGGUGCUUUUCAGCGUGCUCAGGUACUUCGGCUGGGCGAAAAUAGGCAUAAUCUCUUCCAGGGAGGAAAUAUGGAUGGACACCGCCACAGAACUGGGCAACUCCCUCCGGAGUGCGGGACUUCCGGUGCGCCUGGUGUCGUCCGUGGGGGAGAACUCCACAGAGAUGGAAAACACUCUCAGGAAAAUCCAACAAACUGGAAAUAUAAAAGUCAUAAUCAUGUGCAUGCAGUCCGUGCUGAUUGGCGGAGAGCAGGAGGCGGCCUUCCUGCUGAAAGCCAACGAGGUGGGCCUGACGGCCGGGAGCCACGUCUUCCUGCCGUACGACACCCUGCUCUACAGCCUUCCCUACGCCAACGUGACCUACCGGCGGCUGGAGAACGACAGCGCGCUCCGCCAGGCCUACGACGCCGUGCUCACCGUUACCGUGGCGUCGGACAUCGCGUCCUUCACGGACGCCUUCGACGCGGCUCAGCGGUCCCGCGAAAUUCCCGCGUCCUACGACCCUCAGCAGGUUUCCCCAAUCUUCGGAACGGUGUACAACAGUAUUUACCUGGUUGCCAAGGCGACGGACAGCGCCAGGAGGGCGGGGCAGAGCCUCUCGGUGAGCAACCUGGCCUUCUGCAUACAGAACCUGACCUUCGCGGGGUUCAACCAGAACGUGCGUACGGACGGGCUGGGGAACGUCCUGACGGACUACGUGGUCCUGGACACGGACGGGCUGAGCGGCCAGCUCUACCGCACCCACCGGGUGGACCUGGGCGCCGGCACGCUGUUCGUCACCGGGCCGCCCGUUCACUUCCCGCAGGGCUCCCCCCCGCCCCAGGACUCCCGCUGCUGGUUCAACAUUUACAUCCUCUGCGUGGGAGGUGUGGAUCUCACCUCCAUCAUUGUGGCAUUCGUGGUCAUUGCUGUUCUGGUCGUAAUUUCUAUUGGUUUGGCUUUCAUAAUAAGGAGGCGGCUCCAAAGGAUUCAGCUUUUCAAAGGGCCCAACAGAAUCCUGCUGACUCUGGAAGACCUCACCUUCAUCAACCCACAGCACAGCAAGAGGCAAGUCACCAUUGAGGAUCUCAGCGACUCGAAGAGCGCGCUGGAGGGAAAGUCCCGGGGUCGAAGCCAUUCCAUGAACAGCACUGCCACGGCGACGCACGAGACCUCCAACGUGGCGGUGUACGAGGGCGACUGGGUGUGGCUGAAGAAGUUUCAGGAGGGGCAGUUCAGGGAGAUAAAGUCCAGCUCCACAAAGAUCUUCACCAAGAUGAGGGAUCUCCGAAACGAGAACGUGAACCCGUUCCUGGGGCUCUUCGCGGACGCGGGCGUGUUCGCCGUGGUGACGGAGCACUGCUCUCGCGGAAGCCUCCGGGACCUGCUGGAGAACAGCGACGUCAAACUGGACUGGAUGUUCAAGUCCUCCCUCCUCCUGGAUCUCAUCAAGGGCAUGAAGUACCUGCACCACCGCGCGUUCGCCCACGGGCGGCUGACCUCCCGAAACUGCGUGGUGGACGGGCGCUUCGUGCUGAAGAUAACGGACUACGGAGUCAGCGAGCUGCUGGAGUCCCAGAAGACCGCUCGGGUGGUGCCUCCGCCCGAAGAGCUGUUCUGGACAGCCCCUGAGCUUCUCAGGGACCUGGAGAACUCAGAGAGGGGAACACUCAAAGGCGAUGUGUACAGCUUUGCAAUCAUACUGCAGGAAGUGGUCGUCCGUGGGCUGCCCUACUGCAUGCUGGGACUGAACGCCGCAGAGAUCAUCCGUAAGGUGAAGAAGCCGCCGCCCAUGUGCCGGCCCACGGUGGCGCCUGACCAGGCCCCGCUGGAGUGCAUCCAGCUGAUGAAGCAGUGCUGGAGCGAGCAGCCCGACCGCCGACCCGCGUUCAACGAGAUCUUCAACCAGUUCAAGAUCAUCAACAAAGGCAAGAAGACCAACAUCAUCGACUCGAUGCUGCGCAUGCUGGAGCAGUACUCCAGCAACCUGGAGGAGCUGAUCCGCGAGAGGACCGAGGAGCUGGAGGUGGAGAAGCAGAGGACCGAGAAGCUGCUGUCCGAGAUGCUGCCGCCCUCUGUAGCUCACGCUCUGAAAACGGGGGGUGUGGUCGAACCCGAGUACUUUGACCAGGUGACCAUCUACUUCAGUGACAUCGUGGGGUUCACCACUAUCUCCUCGCUCAGCGACCCCAUCGAGGUCGUCGACCUUCUCAACGACCUCUACUCGCUUUUUGACGCCGUACUGGCCAACCACGACGUGUACAAGGUGGAGACCAUCGGAGACGCUUACAUGGUGGCCUCGGGGCUGCCGAAGAGGAACGGGAACAAGCACGCAGCGGAGGUCGCCAACAUGUCCCUGAACAUCCUCAGCGCUGUGGGCUCUUUCAAAAUGCGCCACAUGCCAGAGGUGCCCGUCAGGAUCCGCAUCGGCCUGCACUCAGGUUCCUGUGUUGCGGGAGUUGUAGGUUUGACCAUGCCUCGGUAUUGCCUGUUUGGAGACACAGUGAACACCGCCUCCCGUAUGGAGUCAACUGGGCUGCCCUACAGAAUCCACGUGAAUCUGAGCACGGUGACGAUCCUCCGCUCCCUGAACGACGGCUACCGCAUCGAGAUCCGCGGCCAGACGGAGCUGAAGGGUAAAGGCUUCGAGGAGACCUAUUGGCUGGUGGGCAAGGAGGACUUCACGAAACCCCUGCCACAGCCACCCGACUUAAAACCAGGGGCGGACAACCACGGCCUGUCGCAGGAGGAAGUAGCCGAAUACAAGAGAAGACGAGCCGAGAAAAAAGCACAGCAGCUGAGGAAAUGAAACCCGAGGUUUCUGAAGUCCAGCAGGAAGGCGGGGGCAGGCCAUAACCUGAGAAGAAGGAAGAGGAAGAGACCGAGGAGGAAGAGCCGGGCUCAGCCCUGUGGCAUGAGGGAAGUACCACUCACGGCAGCAGAGGACCAAUCAGAUCGGGGCAGCUCAUCUGGACAGUUUUAAUGGGAUUUUACACUGUGAGUCUAAUCUUGAUUCCCCAGCUGGCUCAGCAGUGAACAGAAAUGCUGUGACUUCAUUUAAUGUGUGAGAGAUGUGCUGCAGUAAUUCAUUUAGACUGUUGAGCUGUUUGGCCACCAGGGGGCAGGCUACUGCAUCUAAGAAUGGCUGUUCCUCAGUCUUUAUUUGCAUUGUGGUCCUUUUUGUGAAAUGAAUAACACUAGUGAUUUUCAUUUUUUCAGUAUCAUCAGUGAUAAUAAGUUGCAAUUUCUCAAAAUGAAAAUAUGUCUUUCUUAGCUGUAUUUACAUUAC